AUGCCAGGUAUCCCCGAGCUGGACGUGCCCGGCGUGGACCCGCUGCACCUCAAGGAGAUCCGACUGUCUCGAGGGCCGCAGGGCGCACGACUCGACGCCACCAUCACCAACAUCAAGGUGUUUGGCGCCAACUCCUUCAUCAUCCAGGAGCUCAAGACUGACCUCGAUAAGAACAUAUUCGACUUCGACCUGCUAUUGCCGCACCUCCACUUUAUUGGCAGCUACAAGAUCGCUAUGAGGAUAUUGCUCCUCAAUAUCCACGGAAACGGUGGACUCACCGGAAACUUCACCAACUAUGCCUGCAAGGUGAAGAUGACGGGUCAGAAGAUCACUCGCGGGAAGGACGAGUACCUGAUGCUGGACCGAAUGAAGCUCAAGCUCAAAGUGGGUGACGCCCAGAUCGCCCUCUCCAACCUCUUUGACGGCGACCCAGUCUUGGGUCCCAUGGCCAACCGCCUUAUAAACGACAACUCGCGGGUGUUCCUCGACGAGAUUCUGCCCACGCUGGAAUCAUCACUCGCUGAUCUCUUCACCGACAUCGCCAAUAAGAUCACGUUAAAGUUCACGUACAAAGAGCUUUUCCCCUGA